AGGCUUCUGCCUCCUCCUCUCCCCAUCCCUUUCCACCCCUCUCACUCCGAGAGAGGUCAAUGUCACUGUUGCCGCCUCCUGCUUGCUCAGUAGCUGCACAUCCUACACUGCCUCCAUUUACACCAUCUCCUACCUCCUCUAGCUCCCAUCUCUUCCACAGCUGGUGCAAUUUAUGUUCUUGCAGUGAAGUGAGAUUGUGCUAGUAGGGUUCGGUUUAGUCAUUCCGUUUCGGGUAAAUUGGAGUUGAAGAGACCACAAUGCCGAAGAUGUUUGGUUUCUCUCGUCGACGGAUGAAGCUUGGAAGGUUGAAGGGCCAUCUGCAUGAUCCUUUUCAUGGCUCCCGGAGUCCUGCUCGGACAAAGCGGCCGAGUUACCCCAAUUUUUCACGGUUUGUACAGGGAGAAGAUCAAGUGACUACUUCAGUGAGCGGCCGAGCUGAUGACCUUGCUUGGCGCUGCUCAUCUGAUACUUUUGAUCUCAAUGGCCGUGCAUUCGAGAACUCAGAAAAUUGGGCAGUGCUGUCAACAGAUGGGGACAAACCAAUUCCUCGUUUUGAUCAUGCGGCAGCCAUGGUAGGGAGCAAAAUGGUAGUCUUCGGGGGAGAUUCUGGCCAUCAUUUGCUGGAUGAUACAAAGAUACUGAGCUUAGACAAGCUUACAUGGGAUUCGGUUGCUCCGAAAAUCCGUGUAUCACAAGGUGGACAUGCUCCAAAGUUCCGACCAUGCAAAGGCCAUUGUCUGGUUCCAUGGGGAAAAAGUGUCAUUCUUGUUGGAGGGAAAACGGAUCCACCUUCUGACCGGAUAUCAGUCUGGACCUUCAAUACUGAUAACGAUCUAUGGUCGUAUAUAGAAGUCAAGGGUGAUAUUCCGAUGGCUCGAAGUGGCCAUACAGUGAUAAGAGCAGGUCCAGUUUUAAUUCUAUUUGGAGGUGAGGAUGGUAAAGGGAAGAAAUUACAUGACCUUCAUAUGUUUGACCUGAAGACUUCAACAUGGCUUCCAUUGAAUUAUAAAGGUGCUGGACCUUCUCCAAGAUCCAAUCAUGUGGCUGCUCUAUAUGAUGAUAGAAUUCUAUUGAUCUUUGGAGGUCAAUCAAAAUCCAAAACACUGAAUGAUGUUCAUGCUCUAGACUUUGAAACGAUGAUAUGGUCAAGAGUAAAAACCCAUGGCCAUCAUCCAUCACCUCGAGCAGGUUGCUGUGGAGCUCUUUGUGGAACUAAAUGGUAUAUUGCUGGGGGUGGAAGCAAGAAAAAGCGUCAUCCAGAAACAUGGGUUUUUGAUGUUCUGGAAUCCAAGUGGUCUGUUUGUGUAGUACCUCCUAGUUCCUCAAUUACCACAAAAAAAGGAUUCAGUAUGGUUCCAUUGUACUACAGGGAUAAGAUUGUUCUUGUUGCUUUUGGAGGAAACAAAAAGGAGCCAUCUGAUAAGGUUGAAGUACUAGUGGUACUGCAAAAUGAGCACUGCUUCAGCUGGCGGUCUGCCCCUGAUGUUGAACCUUUAAUGUACGAGGACUCUCCUCCAAGCUCAAAGGAACUUGCUGAUCACCUGAACAACUGUGCUCCUGUGUACUCUACUGGCUCUGUACCAAGGCAUAGCCUUGCCACCACUGUGGAGAGCUCAUCCGGGAGGAAAUCGAUCCCUGAUUCGCUGCUACAGCAACCUAACCUUGGCAGUUCAUCUCUCCGCAGACAGUUUCGUCAGGAGGAGGAAUGCAGCCUGGCCCACAAACUGCAGAAACCAAUUGAUGAUGACAGAUACAAGGAUGUUGAUGACUGUUCUGAGGUGCCCUCAAUCACAAACCAAAAGCAGCGCAAUGAUAUAUACCAGUCUCCAGAUGCUGAUGCUAAAGCGAAGAGGGUGGGCAGAAGUUCUUCAGACAUCAACCAUCAGUAUGAUACCAAAAUAGCAAACCUGAUCAGGAGAAACAUGGCAUUGGAAGAGCAGCUUUCAGCUGCAAUGGCAAGUAAAGAUGAAGCAGAGAAGAACCUCUCUUUGGUUAUUGACAGCAAGGAGGAGCUAGAGAAGAGGUUAUCUGAGAAGGACAGGGAGGUCGAGACGCUGAAGGAGAAGCUGACAGGGUUAGAGCUGGCGCAAGAAGAGUCCAACAGCCUCUCGAACACCGUCCAUGCGGACAAUGUGCGCCUCGAGCGUGAGGUGGCAUUCUUGAAGGCUGUCAUGGAUGAAACCCAGAAGGAGCUGCACUCUACUCGUGGAGUUUUAGCAGGAGAACGCACAAGGGCCUUCCAGUUCCAGCUUGAAGUGUUCCAUCUGAAGCAAAGGCUGCAAACAAUGGAAGGAAGAUCACCCACACCAAGAAAACCUCUGAAUCUGUAGGGUGCAGGCUGCAGUGCAGAAGCCAAGUGUACAGUUGCCAUGAGUUGUAUCCUGUUGUAAAUUAGUUCCUGAGCCUAUUUUUCCAUUGAGACAUGUUAUGUUACCAUAAGUUUUGGUCCAUCCAUGAUGAUGCUUAUGUUGUAAUACCUGACUGUGAGAUUGUAACUCAGAAGAUGUUAUUAAAUUAUUAAAGACC